AUGGCUGGGAAGGCCGCACAGCAUCUCCUCCGCCAGCAUCCGCUGCAGCGCAUCGGCUCCCCUUCCCGCGGUGCUUCUGCCGUCUUGCAUGUGAGCUCCUGUCCCUGAUCCACGGAUUGAUGCACAUACGGACGGCUGAUCCUUCGUGCAGACACUGGGACUCGUCUCGUUCGCAUACUCCUUCGCCUACCUCGUGCUCAAUCCCAAUCCCGCGUACGCAUUCCACCUGCCCUUUGCAGACGACACUUCGCCAUCUACUCCCAGCCGAAGAAGAAUGUGCUUUCUCACAAGCUGAUGAUACGACCAGCAAUGACUCCUAUGGCUGGCACAUGCAGUACCUGACCAUCAUCGGUCUGUCCCUCUCCACCGCUACCUUCGCCAUCGGUCUGUUGGCCGACCUCACCCUCUCGCGGCGUCUCUUCCACAUCAAGAACACUCUCAGCGUAGCCAGCGCGCCGAUGGAAUGCCUGAUCAGUCUCCUCUAUUGGGGACUUCGUGCGGUACGAACGGGUGAUGAAUGACGACCAUGUCCAGACGCAUCCUGACAUUGUUAUCUCAGAUCGACCCCAAGUUGGUGCUGCCUGAUUGGGCCGACCGGAUCGCCGUCACCGCCGACAUCUCCUUCCAUGCCGUCCCUUCCAUCGCGCUCGUGAUAGACCUCCUGUUCUUCUCCCCGCCCUACACCAUUGCCUUCCUGCCGGCUUUGGGCCUGAGCGUAUUCAUUGCAUUUGGCUACUGGAUCUGGAUCGAAAGAUGCUAUCAAUUCAACAACUUUUAUCCAUAUCCCAUCUUCGAGAUGCUCAACACCACCCAACGCAUAGGGUGAGCCACUGUCUUCCGUACUGCAUUGACACGUGAAUUGGCGCUAAUCGCGGCACAUAGCCUGUUUGCCUUUUCUGCCCUGCUCAUGACGUUCGCGACCGCAUCACUGAUCUGGCUUUACGCAAUUGUGAAUGGGCAAGAGAAGGACGGCAUGAGCAAUGGGGACAUCAAGAAGGCGAGGAGCGGUAAUGUGAAGGGCGAGUAG